CGACAGUGACACUUGUGCUCGAUCGAUCGUGGCGUGCGGUAGUGCGCAGUCCUCGAUCUCUCCCAGUCAAGAUCUCGCGUAUCGCAUUCGAACGACGCCCAGCAAAGCCCAGCUACAUACUGUCAUCAUGGUGUCUGCAGUCGAGUACAUCUGUACGCUACUUCUACUGACGGCGACCGUUUCCCUCCGAUCAGAUGGCGUCACUGGUGCACCAAUGAGAGCAGGAAUUGGAGAUGGCGGUGGUUGGGAAGGGUGUCAGCGUAAUGCGCCCGAGUUGCGGGAGUGUGUCAGCACGGCGGUCCAGCAGUUUGUCAACUUCAUGUCCAGCGGGAAGAUCUCACCGAAACAUUCGAUCACACCGUUCGAUCCACUAUAUCUGCCCAACAUGACCAUCUUCCAGGAAAAGCAGGUGAAGGCCGUGUACGUGAACCGAUAUCUCGUGGGGCUGAAGAAUGCAUUCAUCCAGGAUGUGAGCACGAAUAUGGAAAAGCUAGAAUUCAACGUGACGGCACUGAUGCCGGCCCUGGAAAUGUUGGGCAUGUUCUCUACGAAAACAUUCCAAGAGCAUCCAGUGACGGAGAACUCAAUUCUUACUCUGUCCAUCCGCAACACCUUGGUGAACUUUGUGGCUAAAGGUACUCUGUACAGCAUGUCGGAUGCGAACGGAGCGUCUAGCAAGCACUUACGGCUACAGAUUGGCAUCAACCACAUCGCGAUGGGAAGCUACGUCCUCAGUGAACAUCUAGACAACGAUCGUCACCUAACUGAUCAGAACAGGUCAGUUGCACCCGCCAAAUUUAUGCGCUUGAUCGGGAAGGACCUUCGGAUGCAGUUGGCUAAGCGAAUAGAGUACAUCGCCAACGAGGCACUUGCGGUGACACCCUUCGUCAAACUCUUCCCCGUCUGACUGAGCGGCACUUGCUGAAAUGGGGGUUUUGUUCUUCUUCGGUUCGGGAGAUGUUGGUGGCUGUUUCGGGGUAUAAUUGGGAGGGACAUCAAGACUUGCCUUGUUUUGCCUGUUUUUUUAUAGCGUUUAUAGUGGUGUUUUGAGGGAGAAAUAAAUGUUUUAAUUGUGUGUACAA